AUGGGCUCUAUCCCCACUAUCGAUUUCCAGGCAUGGUUCGGCCAAGAUGAGGACGCGAAGGCACAACUCAUCGAACAGCUACGAAGCGCAUGCGAGACCCAUGGCUUCUUCGCCCUGAUCAACCACGGAAUUCCACAAUCACUUCUCGACUCCAUGUUGGAACAGAGUGCAGACUUCUUCUCACUCCCUAUCGAGAAAAAAGAGCAAUACAAUAAAGACUUGGGAGGCUACAACCGAGGGUACGAGAGGCUUCGUGCCCAGAACUUCGAGAAGCGAACCGAUGGUGACUUAAAGGAGGGCUACUAUUUGGGCAUUGACCUUCCUGAAUCCCACCCUGCUGUGGUAUCAAAGAAGUUUAACCUCGGCCCAAAUAAGUACCCCGACGCAGUCAGCGACCCGACCAAGUUCAAGGAAAUCAUCGACAGUUAUACUGAUUCAGCAAUCAAACUGGCUGAGAACCUUGUUCGUGCUCUCUGCAGAACACUAGAUAUCACAGACGACUGGGUGUCGGGAUUUGUCGACGUACCUAUCGCCGUUCUGCGCUUGCUUCACUAUCCUCCACAGGCGCCGGAUGCAUCUGAAUUGGAACGAGGCAUCGGAGCUCACACCGACUUUGGUGCUGUGACCAUCUUGCUUCAGGAUAUGAUCGGCGGGCUUCAAGUUUGGGAUCGUGCCGACAACAGGUGGGCUGACGUGACACCCCAGCGCGGUGCACUGGUUGUCAAUCUUGGAAAUCUCAUGAUGCGAUGGACUAACGACCGCUACAUUUCGAACUUACACCGCGUGAUUAACAAAUCGGGCAAGGAACGUUACAGCAUUCCAUUUUUCUUCUCCGGGAACCCUGACUUCUUAGUUGAAUGCUUCUCCAAGUGUUUGGGCCAGAAUGCCGUCGCAAAAUAUCCUUCAGUCACGGUUGGGGAAUGGAUUUCGGGGAGAUAUGCGGACACCUAUGGCACAUCAAAAGAAAAGGCCGUGGGCGAGCUCUCUGUUGCGGAAGCCAAUGCAGGUAUUGUGUAG